CUCAGACUCCCGCGCUCGCAGAGUGCAGACCGGUGCCUGCGCGAGUGCACAGGGGCCGCAUCCUUCCGGAGCGGGAAGUGAGAACGCAACACGCGGAAGCGUCGGGCGAGUGGCAAUGUCCGGUUCGUGCUUGGCUUUCUGGACGCCGUCGUCGGCGACCACAAUGUGGCGCGGUUUCUUCCGUCUGCUCUGCCGGGCCUUGUUACUGGUGUUGCUCAGCGCAGCCUUGGCAGAUGCACUCGCCGUUACACCGCCUACGGACUACACAAGAAGCCUGAAUGACGUGGAUAUGGCGGAGGCUGCCGUGCCGAAAGAGGAGUGGCGAGGAUAUUCCUCGCUCUUCGCCCAGAGGACGUCCUCUCUUUUGAGCGAAGCCAGGCAGAUGCUCCGGAGAGCCAAGGACGCCCAGGAGCGCCGGUGGCUUCAGGCUUUCGUGCACAGGCUCACGCAACUGGCCAUAGACCUUGAGCGUAACACGUUCGAGCCAAGGACGCCCCCAGUGUUUUCGUCCGCAUUCGAGUCCUUGCAACAUCAGCAAGAACAAACAGUUCCCACGACGGGUCAGAUCAGCCCGCCUCCGUCCCCAAUAUUUGCACAUCGAACAAAGACGACGACGCCAGGGUCUACGCUAAAUGAGGAGCACGGCGUGGCCAAGUCCGAACUCGUCACCAUCCCUAACUUCGUUCUCGACGACAAUGACGAUGAUAUCCUGGCCUGGCAACUCCGCGGUCAGCGGCAUCGGCAAAAGUCUUCAGCUACAACAUCGCGAUCUACUCCCGUUGCUGUUCGCGCCACGACCGAGACAUACAGCCUAGAUUCUGGCAGACACGUCUCCCUGCGGCCGACAACACCAUUGGCUGGUCGAGAUGGACCCAUCGUCGUGAGCGAGGUAAAGCACCAGGCAGGCCUCGACUCAUCACCAAAGAAGGUCCACAAGACAUUCGAUCAGACGAACGCCGAUGCAUCCGUCAUCGGUGCCGACACGGCCGCUGCCAAAGACCGAGGCAAGACGUCUUCCGUGGGGCUGAGCUCCCUGAGACCGAGCGCUGCGUUUGUGACGUGGGCCGCCACCUCUGGAAAGUUGCCGUCAGCCGACGAAAGCAGCUCUACCGCGGAUGAUUUGGUCAGCCAGCUGGAAAGGGGAAAGUUUCCGCCCGACCGGUAGUCCGCCAGCUGGCCGCGCCGGAACGGGCCAGGGACUAAACGAAAAGUGCUGUCGCUGGGCUUAACCGUCGGGUCCAACCAGCGCGCGGAUUCGUGGAAGCGUCUGCGCUGGAUCGAUUCGACGUCUGACUGGCAUGCUGCUGCUGGUGUGGACUGAAAAGCACCAGAACGCUGUGUAAUUGGAAAUCACAGGUCUCGAAUGCAGCCGCUUUUCCAUCAUCUUUCUCCCUUGUACCCCCAAUUUCCUCUCGCGCACCCUUCUCUGACCUAUAGCGAAACCUUCGGUGCUAGCGCCUCCUGUAGACUGUCGGUCAUGGGCCGUGUGCGAAAUAGAUGACCAGGAUCCAUCGCCCGGCGUUCGUCGCCCUGUGUCGGUGCUCAUCCGAGAGGACAAGACUUCCAGGCAGAGACCCUAUCCGCAGGUGCUUUGAUGACUUCCUCACAGUGCUGCCCGUCAUGGCAGAGACGCUAUCGGAGAAGCUGCCAAGGCACCGGCUGCGAUAGUUGGUGUAGGUCGCAAAGACUAAAGUGUUGCGGCCGGUAGUUUUCAUCCUGAGUACCGACGUAAGCGUCAUUUGAUGCACCGACUUGCCUCAUCCUAGCGUGACAUCUGCUUCACCUAUCCUGAAGAGUGUGCUCCCGGAUUCCUGAAUGAUGUGCGUGCAGCAUUCGCAGUGUGUGUGUGUGUGUGUGUGUCCAUUGUUCGCUGCGGCGUGUGGAGCAAGCACCUGGUUGAGAAGUCGCCCUCGGCGCUGCAGUAACCUUCAAUUCCUGCUACCUAUUUGCCCUAUGCCGUUCUAAUACGACUCGGACUAUGUGCUGUUCAUCCUCGUCAUGAAUGACGUCAUGAAAGAGACAAAGCAACUGUUACACAGACUCAUAGUAGAUGCAACUAUGUAGGGCGGUGCGCGACAAAGUUUCGGACAAACACGUGACCGGUGACAGUGGUGGACUCGGUGCCAUAUGAUGAACUGAUCCCCAGAAUUGCAGUUGCUUGUACUUUGUCGUGCAUACAUGAGCACAGUAUAAGGUGUGAUCCUCGCUAUUGCUGAAAUUGAGGACUUUGCUGUGGUGUGGUUUGGGAGGCCACGCUCGAGGCAGCGCAGCAGCCGAAUCCUGCGCGAAGCGUAAACAGCUUGCGGGUCAUUUGACUCUCUCUUUGUGAAAACUUGUGUUGUACCAUUUGUCAUGUCAGGCGGAUUUCGAACCGCUCAUUUAAUGUAGCUACGCAGACAGUGUUCGUCAAUUAUGAUUUUGGUCAGGUCUCAUAUUCCGAGUAAGAUAGCCUUACCAACCUUUGCGAGCGUUGUAUGGAUUCCCGUUUAAGCCAUGACUCGCUUGUUGAAAAAGUUGGAGUAGCACGAGGUUUAAACAAGCGAUUCUUGAUGAAUAAAAACCUGAUA